AUGCCAUCAGGUUUGACUGUAGGCAAAACACGCUCUCAGUCUCGCAGAUUGGCAGCCGCUGACCAGGAGUUGAUGCAGCCUUCCAUCCCAACUAGAGAACGGCAGUCGUCUGCCCGGCCGGAAGAGCGAAAAGUGAUCACCCGUCAGACAUCCUUACGGUCUAUAUCCAGAGCAGACCUCGGCGCUAGUGUCGGACAAGGCGAUAGACGGAGAGACAGCCCCAUUGAAGAGUCCGCUCGAUCUUCACUGGCACAGUCUAAGUCUUCCGCCGAAUCUAAUGGGCUUGGCCGAUCAGAUUCCAAUGGUAUUGCUCGGUCUAACAGCAAGACAGCCAGUGGCAGGGCACGUUCGAGUUUGGGGCUUAGUCCUCUCUUCCACGCAGAAGAUGCCUGCAAGCUUCUACCUAGGACUUCGUUGACUGAAGUCAACACUGACUUGCGUCUCAUGCUGACCAACCUGGUCAACCACGCACCAAGUAGGCGCAGAGGAGGAGCACGGAAACAGCCUCAUGCCUAUGUUAUCAAAUGGGUGGACUACACCAACCGUUAUGGUAUUGGAUACGUUCUGGAUGAUGGCAGUGUUGGAUGUGUUUUUAAGGGAGAAAACGGGCAGCCGGCGACGAGUGUUGUGAUUCGAGAUGGCGAGAGACACAUCCGCCGAAAAGCGCGUAGCGUCACGGAUGGCAAACAAAAACCGAUUUACUACUCCGAGGCUGAUCAGCUAGUUCCUCGUACUGGAACUGCCGUUGAAUUCUAUGAGAACCGUGACGAUGACUUGCUAGGAUGCCGCGGCAUCCGACGAGCAUUGAUCCCGCCCUCACUCUUCGAUGUCAAAAGCUCAAAGGCAAUGAGAAUUCGCAGCAACACAGGAACCGACCUCGAACGAGCCGAUGCAGAGAAAAUCAAGCGGAUGAAACUUGUGGACCAGUUCGGUAAAUACAUGAUCGGGGCCCUUGGUCGACAUGGCGACGAAGGCAUCAUGGACGAAGACCUGCCUGAACACAACAGUGCUCAGUUUGUCAAAUUCUACCAGCGCCUGGGCAAUGUCGGAAUCUGGGGUUUCGGAGACGGAGCCUUCCAAUUCAACUUCCCCGACCACACAAAGCUGGUAAUCUCUCCCGGCCGCACCCGUAGCUCAUCCCCCUGGAUCGACUUCUACCACCUCUCGUCCUCUGCUGCUCGAUUCUUCGCCUCAAAAGGCAAGAUGCAUCCAGCAGGAUUUGACACUCGGGCCGUGGCCUCCGACGAGGCUGCCACCUUCCUGAGCAUUGCAAACGGAGAUUCCAUCAAUUCUACCGAAGACCGUAUCCGGGAUAUCCUCGAUGCAAAUGCCUUCAUUCAGAAAAUCGCCUUCAUCAAAGACACUCUGAGAGUAUGGAUCAAGUUCGGGCGGCUUGGAGGUCGUCCUCCCUCAAUUGACUCCUCUUCUGAUAAAUCCAUGCCCGAUGAAGCAUUCUGGCAAGGAACGCAGGAGCGCUCGCAGCCUAAUAGCCCUGGAACGAAGUUUGUCUGGGUGACUGUCGGAGCACCCGAUGGCGAUGGCCAAUAUCGGUCCGUAAUGCUCAAAGAUAGCGAUCGGGAGCUAGAGGAAAAGCACGUUGGGAUGGGAUACGAUAAAGAAAUGGAUAUACUCAAAGACCGGCUACGUACACUUGGUCGUUGA